AUGUUGGCCACUAGUGCAGUUGCAUCUUUGCCCAAAUUACCACCAGUGAGAAGAGGCGGAAACUGCAUUGAAGAGAAUGUUGUUCCUACAUCUAAAUUUUCAAGAGGAUUACAGACUGUUAAUAACUCAAGAUCAUUGAGUCGUACACAGUUUCCAUUUGAUAGAAGAACCCGUUCUAUUCAGGCAUCAACUAUAAUAUGUGCUGCAGCUUUGAAUGCAAGAUGUGGUGCAGAGCAAACUCAGACUGUUACUCGAGAGGCUCCGACAAUUACUCAUCUUCCUGGUAAGGAGAAGUCGCCACAAAUUGAUGAUGGUGGAUCUGGAUUUCCACCUCGCGAUGAUGAUGAUGGCGGGGGAGGAGGUGGAGGUGGAGGCAACUGGUCUGGUGGAUUUUUCUUUUUUGGGUUUCUUGCUUUUCUUGGCUUCUUAAAGGACAAAGAAAGUGAAGAUGAAGGUUACAGUAAUAGAAGAAGGCGGUGA